AUGACAACCUCAACCGCACCCCAUCCUGCGAGCAAGCGCAGCAAGAGCCAGACCAUUGUGCAGGGCCCAAGUCCGCAUCCGACAUCGAGUGCCCCGGUUGAAACAAUCCCCAUGUCAAAGUUGACACACAGCGCCGAACUCGACGAAUAUACCGCAAGCAUGCGGAACUACCUGGCCAGUGUCGACCAUGCGGGUCAGGACGACAGCCGCAGCAGCGGGAGCGACACCGACUCUAGGAGGAGUAGUGUUCGGAGUGAGAGGGUAGAUGGAGGUGAGAGAGAGAAGUCGCCCGAAUUCCGAUGGAUGGACCUCGCCAGUUUGAGGAGGGAACACGGGAGCGUAAACCUCAGCCUUCCUAGCGCUGGCAAAGGAACUGAAAAUCGGAUAUCGAAGAGUACCGUAAAGUCCACCAAUCACCACCACCAUCAUCAUCACCACCAUCAGAUCGGGAAAGACCCUCGCCAGCUUCAGAGAGACCAUCGGUCUUCGAGCCCCAGGGGCAAGGCGUUGCUCAGCAAGAGGCACGCAAAGCAGACCGAAGCAAAAUCAACCGAGAAAAACUAA